AAAAAAGAAAAAAGUAAAUUAAUAUUCCAAUCUUUGAUUAAGGUUAUUUUUGUAAUUACGUUUGAAAUUACCAGGAAAAUUAAGGAAGAUACACAUUUUUCACACUAGUUCUUCUUUAUGAAUACCAUUUUUCGCUUUUAUGGUUAAUUACAAACAUGGCUUCUUUUUCUUCUUCUGCUGCUGCUGCUGCUGAUAUCCCCCCUCAAGAAAAGCAUGAAGUAUUUCUAAGCUUUAGAGGUGAAGACACACGCACUGGUUUUACAAGCUAUCUUUAUGAAGCUUUAUGUAGAAAGCAAAUCAUAAGCUACAUGGAUGAUCACCAACUUGAGAGGGGUGAUGAAAUUUCACCAACCCUUCUGAAAGCUAUAGAGGAAUCCAAGAUCUCGGUGAUCAUUUUCUCGGAAAACUAUGCUUCUUCAACAUGGUGUUUGGAAGAACUAGCGAAAAUACUUGAAUGCAAGAAAAGAAAUGGGCAGAUUGUUAUACCCAUUUUUUAUGGCACAGAACCAUCGGUUGUACGGAAACAAGAAAAGAGCUAUGCAUAUGCAUUUGCUCAACUUGAAGAGCGUUUUAAGGACAGCAUGGAAAAGGUACAGCAAUGGAGGCAUGCUCUUACAGAAGUGGCCGGUCUAACCGGUUUGGAUUCAAAGCAAUUUAGGCUUGAGACUCAGUUAGUUCAACAAAUUGUUGAAGAUAUUUCCUUAAAAUUGCCAAAACUUCUAUCCUUAAAUGAUCGUUUUGAAGGGCGGAACUUGAUUGGAAUUGAAAAACGUAUUAAGGAAAUUGAGUCAUUAUUAUGCCUUGGUUCAAAAGAUGUUCGGAUUAUAGGUAUUUGGGGCAUGGGAGGUAUUGGUAAAACCACCCUCGCUAGUAUUAUUUAUCAAAGAUUGUCAUAUUCUCAUUUUGAGGCUCGCUGCUUUCUUGAGGAUGUUAGGGAAGAAUCUUUCAGAAAUGGAACAAAUCAUUUGAGGAAAGAACUUCUUGCCAGCUUAUUAGAUAAGGAUGAAGCUAUGCUAAGAAUGGACACCCCCUCUGCAAUAUCACCUUUUAUGCGAAAGAGAUUUCGUCGUAGAAAGGUACUCGUAGUUUUAGAUGACUUGGAUAGUUCAAUAUUCCAAUUCAAAACUUUAGUUGAAGGGUAUGAUGAUUUUGCCCCUGGAAGUAGAAUUAUUUUUACAACUAGGGAUGUCCGAGUGCUUAAGACUGUAGCUGAUGAAAUUUACAAGGUUGAGGAGCUAGAUUACUAUGAAUCUCUUGAUCUGUUCUGUUUGCAUGCUUUUAAGAAGUCUUCUCUUGCAGCAGACUACACAAUGCUAUCAGACAGGGCAAUUAGUUAUGCAAAUGGGAAUCCAUUAGCUAUUCAAGCCUUGGGUUCCUCCCUGCAUUCCAGAAGCAAACAAGAAUGGGAAAAUACAUUGGACAGGCUGAAAAUGUAUCCGAAUCCGAACAUUCAAAGAGUAUUGAGAAUAAGUUACGAGGGACUAGAUGAUGAAGGGAUUCAAAAAAUAUUUCUUGACAUUGCGUGUUUCUUUCAGUCACAUUAUUUUGAAGACGAACUAGAAAGCAAAUUAGAUAGCAGUGGUCAUUCCUUUGUGAAACUAGGAAUAAGUGAUCUCAUUAACAAGUCUUUAAUAAAUGAAAGUAACAUAAAAUGUUUAGGACCUCUUGGUAUACCAAUGCCAAGGCUCAAGAUGCAUGAUUUGCUACAACAAACAGGCCGAUCAAUUGUCAGGGGCGAAAGCAAAGAGCCAGGAAACUGUAGUAGGUUGUGGACUGCUAAGGAAAUUUGCCAUGUAUUGGAAAGAAAUACAGGAAGUGCCACCAUCGAAGGUAUAUCAUUCAAUGUGUCAGAAAUUAGAAAAGUUGUAAAAGUGAGCCCUGCAGCCUUCUCAAAAAUGUAUAAUCUACGAUAUCUUAAAAUUUAUGCCAUUCAUGAAAACAACAAGUGCAGAUUGUGUCUUCCUCAAGGUCUUGAUUCUUAUCUUUCUGAUACGAUAAGUUAUUUCGAGUGGGAAUCAUACCCUUUGAAAACUUUGCCAUCAGAUUUCAUUCCAGAGAAUCUUGUUGAACUUAGACUACCUAACAACCAACUUGAGGUGCUUUGGGAUGAAUCUCAGCCACUUGAGAAGUUAAAAGUGAUCGAUCUUAGUCAUUCGAAGCUCUUGACUCAAAUACCAAAUCUAUCUCAGGCUUCAAAUCUUGAAAUUAUAAAUCUUGAAGGUUGUACUAGUUUGAUUCAAGUUCCUUCAUAUUUUAAGAAUCUCCACAAUCUUCAGUGUCUACGUUUGACAGAUUGCUCCAACCUUAUAAAUGUUGAAGGGUUAUCAGGGCAUGAGAACUUUGAAGCUAUUUAUUGCAACAAUAUUGAUAAGCUGAAGUCUUCAGAAACUCCUAAUGCAAACUUUCCAAUGAAUUUAAGAACUUUGUUUUUGGGUGGGACAGCAAUUGAAGCAGUGCCCUCAUCAUUUGGGUGUCUCUUGGGUCUUGUUCAAUUGGAUUUGGAUAACUGCAAAAGACUUAAAAGUAUACCAACCAGCAUUUGUAAGUUGAAAUCUCUUGAGUCAUUGAAUCUCUUUAAAUGCCCGAAUCUUGAAAAUUUUCCUGAAAUUUUAGAGCCUAUGGAAUGCUUGAAAUGUCUAAGGUUAGAAGGAACGGGCAUUAAAGAGUUACCUGAGUCAAUUGUAAAUCUAAUUGGGCUCGAUAGGUUGUUCCUUGAGGGAUGUUCAAAACUUCAAAAAUUGCCUACCCUUCCACUUGGUUUGUCAUACUUGGAUGUAGAGAAUUGUGAGAGCUUGAAAUCAUUGGCACAUCUUCCAUCAUCUUUGGAACAUUUGUUGGCAAGCCAUUGCACAUUACUGGAGACAAUAUCAAGUUGGAGAACUCCGCUUGGAUAUGAAAUCAGUGACUCAUAUUCUAUGGAUGGAAGUAUUAGAUUUGAUAAUUGUCUGAAUUUGGAUCAAAACACACGCAACAACAUAAUCCCUGAUCCUGCACUGUUUAGAAUUCUGUCUAGUGCAACAUCAUACAAGAAACGCCCAAUUGAUCAUCAAGGACUGGAAUUCCCAUUGUUUAUUUGUUAUCCUGGAGAUGAAAUUCCAAAGAGGUUCAGCUAUCAAAGCUUGGGGAGUUCAAUGAAUAUUCAGCUUCCUCCAAACUGGUGCAAUACCAACUUCUUGGGUUUUGCUGUCUGCUUUAUUAUUGAUCAAUACUCUCAUAUAACUGAUGGAAUUGAAUACAAACUCAGUUUCAAAACCAUCAAUGAAAACAGUCUUUAUGAUUUUCAUGAUUCUGAUUGGUUGUAUCGUCUAGAGAAGAUCAAUUCAGAUCAUGUCUGGAUUGUGCAUGAAGCUUCAUUGUCUUGCAAAGGGUUUGAAGAAAAGUUUGGAGCAAAUUGGCCCUCUAUUUGUAGCAACAUUGUCACCGGGAUUUCUUUCCAUGUCCGACCUUUUCGCCGUGAUGAUAGAUUUCAUGAUUCAUGUGUGGAAGAAGGUGUUGAGCAUUGCAAGAUAAAAAAGUGUGGAAUUUGGAUGAUAUAUGAGGAAGAUGCAGAUCAAGUAUUGGAUGGUGCGGAAGAGGAACCAGAAGUAGAAACAACUAAAAGACGCUUUGGUGAAUCGUCUGAAGGCAGUGGAAUAAGUAUUACUGAUGUUGUUGGCUCUGAUGAUGAGAACGAAUACCAACACAAAAGAAGAGUCAUAUCCUCAGGUUUUGAGAUUUGAGAAGACUGUGUACAAGCUGUGGAGGCAGGGUAACACUCUGUUUCAAAUGGUUGUAGGCAUUCAUGGUUCGAUGUUGCAACCGAUAAGGAUGAUGCCCUGAGAUUUGUACCAUGAUAAUGUGGACAAAUUACUUAAGUUUCUAAUUUAUUUAGAUUAUUUUACUUAAACUGUAAUUGAGCAUUCUUAAAUUAUCUUGCUGAGAGAAAUAUCUAAAUUAUGUUUUUUUUCUUGUUUUUAGGAGCAUAUUCUAAAGGUAAAGAAACAGAAUUUUAAAAAAAAAAAAAAAAAUUCUGCUUUUAUACUA